AUGAAACUAAUAUCAUACAAGAGAUCGUGCAAGACGAGGGAAACGAUCGCCGUAAGAAAACCAACAAGAGAGCUUCAAAAGCCGAGUGAUAAACAUGAGAUGUGGAACUCUGAUGAUCAAAACCAGGGGGAAGUUGAAGAAAUCUGUUCUGAUCCUGAUACCGUAAAAGAUGAUGAGAUCGAAGCAAUGUUUGAUAAGUUUAAGAGUCGGAAGAAUACGACGGAGGAAGAUCCUCAGGCCAUCGGAUUACUUGUUGAGAAAGUAAUGGCUCUAAUGGAGAUUGCUGCCGAAGAAGACAUUGUGUUAAACAGGCAAAACAAACCCACCAUUAAAAAGAUUCAGAUGCUGCCUCUUCUUAUCGAUUUUCUUUACAAGAAACAUCUUCAAUCAGAGUUUUUGGAUUAUGGGGUUUUGAGUUUGUUCAAGAAUUGGUUGGAACCUCUUCCCGAUGGAAGCUUACCAAACGCCACUCUUCGAGCUUCGAUUUUGAAUAUCUUAACACACGUCAUGCCUGUGGAUAUAAGGGCAGAAGAUCGAAGGGAGCAGUUGAAGAAGAGUGGGCCGGGUAAAGUCAUCAUGUUCCUGUCAAAAUCGGACGAGGAAAUCACUGCCAAUAGACAACUUGCAAAAGAUUUGGUUGAAAACUGGAGUCGAACCAUAUUCAACAAGACUACAAAGUAUUCGGAAGAAGAAAAAGUUGUUAUUCCUUUGAAGAUGGCAUCACCAUCACCAUAG